AUGGCCGAAGGCGCACCAGCACAUGGAUCGGUGGCGCACCUGCUCCCGCAGACGUACAAGCGCCAGGUCGCAGAGUGGCUCGAAGAGGAUACUCCAAGCUUUGACUACGGCGGCUUCGUCGUCGGUGAAGAGAUAUCAGAAGCCAAGCUGUUAGGAAAGAGCGAGGGCAUAGUGGCAGGAGUGCCAUUCUUCGACGAGGUUUUCCGGCAACUUGACUGCACUGUCGAUUGGCAUGUCAGGGAAGGCGAGCCUUUUGAGCCCAUCAAACACUGCGCUACUGUGCGUGGUCCCGUACGGAAGUUGCUCCUGGGUGAGCGAGUAGCACUCAACACACUUGCAAGAUGCUCAGGCAUAGCGACAAAGUCAAAUCGCCUUCUUCGAUUGCUACGGGAAGCUGGAUACCCCAACAUUCUCGCCGGCACUCGUAAGACAACGCCAGGGUUCAGACUCGUGGAGAAAUACGGAAUGCUUGUUGGCGGAGUGGAUGCCCACCGCGUUGAUCUCUCCGCCAUGACUAUGCUCAAAGACAACCACAUUGUCGCUGCAGGAAGUAUAACAAACGCCGUCCGAGCUGCUAAGUCUGCGGGUGGUUUUGCCAUCAAGGUGGAAGUGGAGUGCCAAAGCUUCGAGGAAGCCGAUGAAGCCAUCGCGGCUGGCGCUGAUAUUGUCAUGUUGGACAACUUCACGCCUGAAGGUGUCAAGAUUGCAGCUGCUCAACUGAAAGAAAAAUGGGGAAGAGGUACGGGCGAUCGAAAGACCUUCCUGGUCGAGGUCAGCGGCGGACUGACGGAGGAGAAUGUGGCGCCAUACGUAUGCGGAGACGUGGACAUUGUGAGCACUAGCAGUAUUCAUCAAGGCGUCAAGCAUGUCGACUUCUCGUUGAAAAUUGUGCCAAAAAGCAAGGAUACGAAGAAAACCAGCGGAGAGAGCCCAGAGGUCUGA